GUGUGUUGUGUAUUGGCAGUGGGGCGGCUCCGACUCCCUGACGCCAGUGAGACCAGAUCAAUCCAGGCAGCCGGGGAGAGAGGAGGAGGAGGGAGCCUCACAUCCCGGGCCGCUGGAGGCAUGCGAGCCGCUCUUCCUCGGUCCUCACCGACUACCUUGUAGGACACAGCAGAUGCUGCUUGUCUGGUGGGAAUUGCAGACUCUUACUCUGGAAACCGUCCUCUGGUUGAGAAGCAAUCUUAUUUUUAGAAAGUUGGACCACUCAGUGCUCUGAUACAUCUGUGACCUCUGCUUGUCACAAUGAAUGUGACCAGCUUAUUCUCCUUUACUAGCCCAGCAGUGAAGAGGCUGCUCGGCUGGAAACAGGGGGAUGAGGAAGAAAAAUGGGCGGAAAAAGCAGUAGAUGCAUUGGUAAAAAAGCUGAAGAAGAAAAAAGGAGCCAUGGAAGAAUUGGAGAAGGCUCUGAGUUGUCCUGGACAACCCAGUAACUGUGUCACCAUUCCCCGCUCGCUCGAUGGAAGGUUACAAGUAUCUCACCGAAAGGGGCUCCCGCAUGUCAUUUACUGUCGAGUAUGGCGCUGGCCUGAUUUGCAGAGCCAUCAUGAACUGAAACCUCUGGAAUGCUGCGAGUAUCCGUUUGGCUCUAAACAGAAAGAAGUCUGCAUAAAUCCUUACCACUACAAGAGGGUGGAGAGUCCUGUACUUCCUCCAGUCCUUGUUCCAAGACACAGCGAGUACAACCCGCAACACAGUCUCCUUGCUCAGUUUCGCACGAUGGAGCCCAGUGAGCCUCACAUGCCACACAAUGCCACGUUUCCAGAUUCUUUCCAACAGCCAAACAGCCACCCGUUUCCGCAUUCGCCCAACAGCAGCUACCCGAACUCUCCUGGCAGUAGCAGUACAUACCCUCACUCUCCGGCAAGCUCUGACCCUGGAAGUCCUUUUCAGAUCCCAGCGGACACCCCUCCUCCGGCUUACAUGCCUCCAGAAGAUCAGAUGACCCAGGAGAACUCUCAGCCAAUGGACACUAAUAACAUGAUGGUGCCUCCCAUCCCUCAAGAAAUAAACCGAGCAGAUGUUCAAGCUGUCGCAUAUGAGGAGCCAAAACACUGGUGUUCAAUUGUCUAUUAUGAGCUAAACAAUCGAGUUGGAGAAGCGUUCCAUGCCUCCUCCACAAGUGUGUUGGUGGAUGGCUUCACUGAUCCUUCAAACAACAGGAACAGAUUUUGUCUCGGCCUUUUGUCCAAUGUUAACCGCAACUCCACUAUUGAAAACACCAGGAGGCAUAUUGGGAAAGGUGUUCAUUUGUAUUAUGUCGGAGGUGAAGUGUACGCAGAGUGCCUGAGUGAUAGCAGCAUUUUUGUCCAGAGCCGGAAUUGUAACUAUCACCAUGGGUUCCACCCAACCACUGUCUGUAAAAUACCUAGUGGUUGCAGCCUGAAGAUAUUCAACAACCAGGAGUUUGCGCAGCUUUUGGCCCAGUCUGUGAACCAUGGCUUUGAGACCGUCUAUGAACUAACAAAGAUGUGCACUAUCCGGAUGAGUUUUGUCAAGGGCUGGGGUGCAGAAUAUCAUCGCCAGGACGUUACUAGCACCCCCUGCUGGAUUGAGAUUCACCUGCAUGGCCCGCUUCAGUGGCUGGAUAAAGUACUCACUCAGAUGGGCUCCCCCCAUAACCCCAUCUCCUCCGUCUCCUAAUUAGAACUGGACAUUUCUGGAUGAUAUGGAGCCGUGCAUGUACUUGAAGGAUGUUGAACACACAUACUGGCAAGAGAGAGGACUAUCUAUAUUUUUUGUCACUUUGGGAGCCUCAAAUACUUGAUGUUUGUGACCAACUCUUGACAUGAAAGGAAGAGGGUCCCUACUAUAUGUGGCAAAAUCUCAGCAGCUAAUUUUUAUUUUAUUUUUCUCUGUUCCCUCUUUGUAAUUUAGAGUUCACAGUAUAACGGUGUAAUUUAAAACCAUGCUGUGUAAAGUAUUAACGAAGGCAGACUUGUUCUAGGUUUAAUGGGAAUAUUACAGUGAACAAUGCCAUUUGGUUCUGUUUUUUUCCCCCCAGUAACUUUACAUGAAAAACUUGUGGCACUACUUAAUUUGUGUACUGGCCAUACUGCCAUCAGAAUGUCAGAUGUUAGUUCCUUACUGUUUGUACAGUGUUUUAUAUGAACAGAUCCCCCCCCCCCCCCUCGCUAAGAGUAAAGAAUAGUUUAGGGUGGACUAAGUGAAUUUUUCUUUUGCUUUAACAGUUUGAGGAGGUUCACUAGGACAGUAUAUUAAAUGUGAGCAGUGCUUUGAUGGCAUAGUUUUUCCAUCGGCUGUGUAUGUAAUGCACAUCUUUCUCAUUACGGUAUGCCGUUGGCUGUGUACCUCUCAGCAGCUGUAUGAAUGGAGUGUUCUCUGCAGCACCAGCCUUGGUUCUCUGCAACUUUUCAUAAUCUCCUAGCUAAUGCGCUUCACUCUCUAUUGGAGGGGACUUGCAAUAUUGAAGAUGACCCCUCUUUUAUCUUAACACUACUGCUGUGUAAUAGAUCUCGGCUUUGACUGCUAGUAUAUUGGGGAAACAUUGUUUUCUAGAGAAUACAAUCCUGCACCUCCUCUAGUGCCUGAUGGCCUGAACAAACACUUCUCGCCGAGUGUUCAAAUUGGAUUAGAUUUCAAUAUCCAAGGUUUACUCUCUUGCAGACUUCUUCUUUUUUUCCCUUUUUUAUGAUGUUACUUUUUGUACUAUUUUUGUUUUCUUUUAUAUUCACAGUUAAGCUGUAGUACUUAUUUAAAGUACUUUUAUUCCAAAUCUAGUAGAUAUUGUCUACUAGAAGUUUAAAUAAAUGGUCAUUAUUGCUUACCUGUAAAA